AUGAGCUCUUAUUUUGUAAACUCGUUCUCGGGGCGCUACCCAAAUGGCCCCGAAUAUCAACUGCUAAAUUAUGGAGGCAGCAGCGGCGCAAUGAACGGCGGGACGUACAGGGAUUCUUCCUCCGCCACCAUGCACCCUGCGACGGGCUCUUACGGCUACAGCUACAAUGGCAUGGACCUGACCGUCACUAACCGGGGAGGGGGAACCAACAGUACCGCCAACGCUGGAGGACACUUCGGGGGCGGCUCAGUUGGUGGGGACUCGCGGGGUUUCGGCUCCCCGGCCCCGGACAGGGGCUUCAGACAACCAUCUAGCUGCUCCCUCGCCUCUGCGGCGGACUCCCUGCUGUCACCCGGCAACGAAAGCACAAAACUGGGCGCCCGGAGUUCGUCUCCUCGCUCGGAUCAAGCAGGAAGCGGUAAUCUCAGCUCACCAAACCUGUCCUCCGCCUCCUCCACCGGCGGUGGCGGCACAGUGCAGCGUUUCACCGAACUGGAUGACGCGUCACCAGAGACCGAGGACUUGCAGCAUAACCGGGACACCAGUCACGCCAGCAAUCCGCCACCCAGGACCGGGCAUAAGCAGGAGGGCGGUCCGACGGGAUCAGCCGCUGGCAACACUGGCAGUGAGGCGCAGACACCACAGAUAUUCCCCUGGAUGAGAAAGCUACACAUUAGUCAUGAUAUGACGGGCCCCGACGGGAAACGGGCACGGACGGCGUACACCCGCUAUCAGACUCUCGAGCUGGAGAAGGAGUUCCACUUCAACCGGUACCUCACGCGGCGGAGGCGGAUAGAGAUCGCGCACGCACUCUGCCUCACGGAGCGGCAGAUUAAAAUCUGGUUUCAGAACCGGAGGAUGAAGUGGAAGAAGGACAACAAAUUGAAAAGCAUGAGCCUCGCCACUGCUGGCAGCGCCUUCCAACCCUAG